AUGCUGCGUUGGCUGCUGCUGCUGCUGCACGCGUGGGGCGGCGUGCUCUCCCUCUGCGUCGGAGCUGCAGCGGCGAUCGACGUCUACUCGCAGGAAACUUUUACGGACGCUGCAGCGCUGGAGCCGUCGGUGGACGCUGAAUGCGAGGUGGACGAGAUCCAGUUGGCGUCUGACGGGACGAUCGCGCAAUGGGGACUGGCACUCGGCACGCGCGUGGCGCCCAACAUGACCGUGAACGGCACCGUGGUGCCCGACGGCUACAACUUCUACCACCUGUGCGUCGGUCGCCAUGAGCACGAGCACCUCAUCACGGUGGAGCUGCUGUGCCACGACGACGACGUGGGCGAGGGCGGCGACGCCAACCUCUACCUCUCCAGCGAGGUCAAGUACCCGCGCAUGGGCCACUCGACAUGGAUCGCGCAGCGACCCGGCAACGAGCUCAUCAAGCUCUUCACGUACCUUGAUGGCUUCCCACGCAAGGACGAGAGCGGCGGCAGUCGCUGGAUCGCGCUGCACAUUGGCGUAUUUGGCGCGGGAUACGUCGACACCAGCUACGACCUGGUAGUCUCUGUCACGGACUUGCCCAUUACCCCUGACAUCCUCUCGAGGACAGAGUUUUACACGACGCAGCACAAUCAAGCUCAGAAACAGAGACUACGCCGAGGAUAG